AUGGCAACCGAAGUUCAAACCUUCUACACCCCUUCCGCCGCGACGCACAUCUCCCAUGCUCCGGCCGCCGUCGACGAGCUCAUUAGCAAGUAUUCGUCCUCAAUGGCAACUGCUUCGAGCACAUACUCGGCAAGCCAUCUGACGCUGAAGAAUCCCCGUCGCAACAUCCUGCAACGCAUUGGCGAUCAGGUUCAGCUGGGUUAUUACCGCUACGAGGUCACUUUCGGACUGUAUGUGAUGACACCAGGCGAAAAGCUCGUCGCCAACACUUUCGUCAUUGUGGUGCUCUCUCUUCUCUUCUGGGCGCUGGUGCUCUACUUCCCAUCUUUGCUGUACCAAAAGCUGAGCCGCCUGGUGUGGCUGCUCACCGGCCACAGCGGUGAAGAGAUGCGCGCUGCUUUCGGUAUCCUCGAUAAGCAUGUCAGCCCUGCGUCUUCGGCAUUCUCCGCUUCGGGGAGCCCGUCGUCAUGA